AGUUUCAGACCAGUCUCCGGCGGGCAGCAGCCAUGUCGAGCAGCCUUGGCUCACUUCCUUGUCAUCUCUUCCCGCCGAUGUUCCUUUGCCUGGUCAAGGACGUGGCGACAGCCAAGCAUGAAAAAACGUGGAAGUGGUCCAUGUACUUCGAGAUGCGUGGCAACGGCUACCAAAGCUUUGAUGCUUGAUAUUUCUGCGUGCGUGCGUGCUGAAGUGACUGGAGACGGAGCACCCGAGCUUGGACCGAGGUUUCCAAGAAGAGCAGGCUCGCGGCAUCAGCAGCAACGUGCACCGGCGGGAGAAGAUUGA